UUCUAACUUUCUCCCGGCUCGGCCAGUCUCUCUCUCUCCGUUCUCUCUCCCGGGCUGAGGUCCCGGCGCCCGCCCACCGCCUCCAGCUUUGCCCACGCCCCCAGCCCGCCCGGCAACCAGCGCAGCGCCGGGCCCGCUCCCCCGUGCGUCCUGCGGGGGAGGAGGCGGCAAGCGCAGCCGGGGAGGGGGGCAGAGGCACCGAGACACAGCCACAGAAAGAGGAGACGUGGAGGCAGGGACGGAGCCCGGCCAGCGGCGGUCACUACACGGAGCACUGGGCACCAGGUAUUGGGCACCGAGCUCCUGGAACAGAGCAGGGAGUACUGGAAACCGCGAAGGGUACCCCGGAGGGUCUCCUACCGUCCAUGCACAGGGCGCCCUCCCCUACAACUGAGCAGCCGCCGGGCGGAGGGGACAGCGCCCGCCGGACCCCGCAGCCCCGAGCCAAGCCCAGUGCUCUAACCAUGGCACUACCCCGGACACUGGGGGAGCUGCAGCUGUAUCGGGUCCUGCAGCGUGCCAACCUCUUAUCCUACUAUGAGACCUUCAUCCAGCAGGGGGGGGACGACGUUCAGCAGCUGUGUGAGGCAGGAGAAGAAGAAUUCCUGGAGAUCAUGGCACUGGUGGGCAUGGCCACCAAACCUCUCCAUGUCCGACGUUUGCAGAAGGCGUUAAGGGAAUGGGCCACCAAUCCAGGGCUCUUCAGUCAGCCUGUGCCUGCUGUGCCUGUUUCCAGCAUCCCUCUCUUUAAGAUCUCUGAGACAGCAGGUGGUCGAAAAGGAAGCAUGAGCAAUGGACACGGAAGCCCAGGAGACAAGGCGGGCAGUGCCCGAAGCUUCAGCCCUAAGAGUCCAUUGGAACUGGGAGAGAAACUCUCUCCCUUGCCUGGGGGCCAGGGAGGUGGAGAUCCUCGAGUCUGGGCAGGCGGGAGCACUCCUGAGUCGGACGUUGGUGCUGGUGGAGAGGAAGAGGCCAGCUCGCCUCCUUUCUCCCCACCUGCUGGGGGUGGGGUCUCAGAAGGGCCUGGGUUAGGUGGGGUGGGAGGUGGUUCAGAUCGAUUAGAACCAGAAAUGGUUAGAAUGGUGAUCGAGAGUGUGGAGCGUCUCAUCCGGAGCUUCCCCCGGGGAGACGCUGGGGAGGUGACAUCCCUCCUCAAGCUGAAUAAGAAGCUAGCUCGAAGUGUAGGGCACAUCUUUGAAAUGGAUGACAAUGACAGUCACAAAGAGGAAGAAAUCAGAAAGUACAGCAUUAUUUAUGGACGCUUUGAUUCCAAGCGCAGGGAAGGCAAACAGCUCAGCUUGCAUGAGUUGACCAUCAAUGAGGCAGCUGCCCAGUUCUGCAUGAGGGACAACACACUCCUACUCCGGAGAGUAGAACUCUUUUCCCUGUCUCGUCAAGUGGCCCGGGAGAGCACCUACCUCUCCUCUCUCAAGGGUUCCAGGUUGCACCCAGAAGAGAUGGGGGGGCCACCAUUGAAGAAACUGAAGCAGGAGGUUGGGGAGCAGAGUCACUCUGAAAUUCUCCAGCCACCCCCAGGGCCUGAGUCCUAUGGCCCACUGUACCGCCCCAGCUUGGAGGAGGACAGUGCCAGCCUGUCUGGGGAAAGUCUAGAUGGACACUUACAGGCUGUGGGGUGCCCAAGGCUGACGCCUCCCCCUGCUGACCUGCCCCUGGCACUGCCCGCCCAUGGGUUGUGGAGCCGCCACAUCCUGCAGCAGACACUGAUGGACGAGGGGCUGCGGCUUGCCCGCCUUGUCUCCCAUGACCGUGUGGGCAGGCUCAGCCCUUGUCUGCCUGCGAAGCCACCCCUCGCAGAGUUUGAAGAGGGGUUGUUGGAACGGUGUCCUGCCCCUGGGACCCAUCCAGCCCUGGUCGAGGGCAGAAGGGCCAGUGUGAAGGUGGAGGCUGAGGCCAGCCGGCAGUGAGGGAUGUCUAAUGUGGACUGGAACCCCGGACCUCUGCCUACCACAGGCCCUGGACUCUCAGAUCCCUCUGAUCUUCCACAGACCCUCCCAUCUGCCUCCCCUGCUCCAUGGGCUUUGGACAAAUGGGGCAUCAAGCAAUAAGGCGGCCUGAAUGAGGGCAGAAUCUGGUGCCCCUUGGCUUGGAGGGAAGGGGAUUCUGUGUGAACUCUGCCUUUCGAACACCUCUCCUGGAAAUUCUGGGGUUCCUCCUCCCUCAAUCUCUCAUACACAUUCUAAUUUUGAACCCCUGUAUCAACAAGUACACAGUUUGGAUAUUAGGGGAAACGUUGGAGCCAUUCUGGGAGGGUCCAGAAGCUGAGAAUGAAAACUGUUUUCUCAGUGCAAGUGGGGGAGCCCUGAGAACCCCAGCUUUCCCUCCAACUUACCUCCCUCCUCCCCAUGUUUGUGCUUCUAGUUUGUUUCUUUAAUUUAACAAACGCUGCAGUUUACUUCCACCCCCUCAAAAAAAAAUCUUCAGUCAUCCCUCCUCCCCCUCGCUCAACUGGGGGUGGAGUGGGCUCCCCUGUUAAAAAAAAAAACAAAAAACCCAGACCUUCCCUAGCUCCCUCUGGAGGGCCUGGGUUGGAUUCAGGAUGUCCCCCACCCUGGGACUGAACUACAGCGUCUGAGCAGUUAGAACACCUGUCCUUUCACACCGUGUACAGUAGAUUAUUUAUUUUGUUAUUUUGGAAUAAAAUUUAUUUUAUGGCUUAGGA